AUGUACAAAGACGAGGAGGGCAAGUUCAACGGCAAAGUCGUGCGAAGAGGGCUGGAGACUGGAAGUGCGGAGAGAACGGCUGUGGAUACCACAAGACACCCCGACGUCUUGACCAAGCCGAUGGACGCUCGCGCCGACGUUCGCGCUUUCUUGUCAGAGCGAAGCAAGGUUCUGCACACGAGCGGCCUCGCCCACGACACUACCCAAUCAGAACUAGAGAGCUGGUUCACUCAAUUCGGCGGACGUCCAAUUGCGUUCUGGACCUGCAAGCAGUAA